UGGUGCUCUCUUUCUCUCUGUCCAUCGCCAGAUACCUCGUUCUGGUUUCAAAGGCGCCACCCUUUUCCCUUCUUCUCCCAUUAAAAGGUCCUCUUUUUUUGCUGUUCCGCCGGCGUGCGAUGAAGAAGCUCGGCGACGGAAAGGGGCGGAAGGUUCACCCAUCCCCGGCGCCGCAAGAUCAGCUGGCGGCGCUCCCCGCGGCCGUGCUGGCGCUGGCGGCUGCGCUGAACUCGGAGGAUCAGGAAGUCCUGGCCUACUUGCUCUCCGGCGGCGGGAGGCCGUGGAGGGAGCGGCAGCGGGUGCACCCCCCGGAGCUGGGCUGCGCCUGCUUCGGGUGCUACAAGAGCUUCUGGGCGCGGUGGGACGCGUCGCCGAACCGGCACGUCAUCCACCGCAUCAUCGACGCCGUCGAGGAGGGCCUGGAGAAGAGGGACCAGCGCAGCGUCGACGGAGGCGAGGGGCGCCGCCGGAGGCAGAGAAGGCGGAAAGGCGGCGCCUUGGCGACGGCGGAGGGCCCGGAAUUAGGAGGGCUCUCGGGUGGUGAUGACGGUGAACAAUACCAUGAAGAAGAAGAGGAGGAGGAGGAAGAAGAAGACGAAGGUAAUGGUGAGAGCAAGAGCUCAGUGAGGAGGUUGAUGAGAUUUAUUGGGGAAAGUGUUUGGGGAGCUUGGAAUUGAAUGGAAGCACGGAUGAUGGAGAUAAACAAGGCUACUGAAUUCUCUACCUAUUUUGUCACCUGUUUGCUUGAUCGAUCUCACUUUCUUUGUUGACAGAGAAAGAAGAGAAUAACUCUUCUCUAGUUUCGGUUUUUGUAAACAAAAACAGAUUUUCAGAAGGAAAAAAAGUCAUUAUUAGUUCA